UCAGACCCAAACAGUGUAAGUGGACUCCGCCAGGAAUGCAUCAGCAAAAUGCGGAGUCUUUUAUGUCAACACGUUUAAUAAACUCUCUGAUUUUUUUAUUUAUGUUUAUUACGAAUGAAGCUUGAGGUGACGGCAUAAGGGUUCAGCUAAGUUUGCCUUUUAAAUCAAUAUCUCAGUCGUUAGCAUCGGUGCAUUUGCACUGUGCCACCCUGUUAGGUGACACGUCUCUGGCACUCGGCACUGGUUUGUCUUCAGGCAGACAGCAUGGCAGACAUCGAGUCCUCUUUUGAAUUUAGCUCGUCUUUGACAAGUUCCUCGUUGCCUCCUCCGCGGACUCGAAUCUUUAAGAUCAUCGUGAUCGGAGACUCCGGGGUCGGCAAGACCUGCCUCACGUACAGAUUCUGUGCGGACAAGUUUCCUGACAAGACUGAGGCCACCAUCGGCGUGGAUUUUCGGGAGAAGGUUGUCGAAAUAGACGGCGAGCAAAUCAAGGUCCAACUAUGGGACACUGCAGGCCAGGAGCGUUUCCGAAAGAGCAUGGUUCAGCAUUACUACCGUAAUGUCCACGCUGUGGUGUUCGUCUACGAUGUCACCAACGCUGCUAGUUUCCGAAGCCUUCCUGCAUGGAUCGAGGAGUGCCGCCAGCACGCCCUGGGUCAGGAGGUGCCCAGAAUCCUGGUCGGGAACAAGUGUGACCUGAGGCACGCAGCUCAAGUAAGCACUGAUGUAGCGCAGCAGUUCGCCGAUGCUCACUCAAUGCCUCUGUUCGAGACCUCUGCCAAGAAUCCCUAUGGAAACGAGGAUGGCAGUCGGAAUAAUAGUGACCACGUUGAGGCCAUUUUUAUGACGGUAGCGCACAAGCUAAAAUCCCAGAAGCCGCUGAUGUUAAGCCAACCACCUAGCAGACCUGGAGAUAUUGUCAAUCUUAGGCAGGAGGAAGAGGACAGGGGACUCUGGGGCUGUGGCUGCUGGAGGAGCUAAUAAAGGGAAACACCUGAUCGCUCCGUUCAAAUCAAAUCGGGGGUCACCACUUAUCAUGGAGACAACUAAAGCAAAAAUAAAAAAAGGGAGAUUAGGAGAUUAUAGAUGUGAACAUUUUAUCAAAUAUAAACUCUCCUUAGGACUCAUUUUUGAACUCAAUGUGCAAGAUGCCCAAGGUAAAAGACUUGAGUAAGUGUUUUUUUUCUGUGGAGGCUUUGACACGUUGCACGUCUUACAUAUCCUAGCUUCAGUCACUGUAUGUCAGCCUCUAACUUGUACGCCUCCACUGCCACACAUUCUAACAAAAAUAAACAUACCUAAUAGAUGUAAUAUUCAGUGGAGUUUCACAGGGGGUUACCGUCAUACACAUGAUGUUGCCUUGAAUAUCAUAGCUCUGAAGCACUUUUCAUGCAAAAAUUUGAUAAAGGGUUCAGUAAAAUCAUUUGCCUCCCAGGUGAAACAGCAAGUCUGUGUUAGUCUUAGCAUUUGUGGUUUGUUUUAGUCCUCUUUCUCGCCCACACACAUACAGGCACUUCCUGCGAAAGUUGUCCGUUGUCUCAAGGGAAAAGAUUUAGCAUUAGUGCCACUCAUAGGUAGAGAAACAAAGGAUGAAUUUAAAUCAAAAGUAAAACUGAUGCCAUUCCAUAACAGAAUAUAUUUUUAAAGCCUGUCAUUCUCCACUGCAGGUGUUUGUUUGAUUUCUUCAAGCAGGCAUUUAUAUAAACAAAAUCUACUGUAAGCACUUCCGGGUUAUCAAAUCAAAAUGUGUAAAUGAUGUGCGGAUUUAAAAAGAUUGAAGUCAGAUGUCAGAUAAAAAUAAAUUACUUUACAAUUUUUACUACAGUCAGUCGUGGAAAAUCACAGUAUACCUUAUGAUUAUUUUAGGCAAAAUUAAAAAUAAUCUGUAAUGCCUACCACAGAUUAUCUUCUAAAUCCACAUGCAUAUUAUACAUCGUAUCUGGUUUGUGCAUGCUCUGAUAACAGUUCUGAUAUCAAUAUUUAAAUUUCGCUGUAAUCUAUCAGGACAAGUAUACAUUAUGUCAGACUUGAUAAUGUCUACAUUUUCUUUCCUGGUGUUCAUUGCAGUCCUUGUUCAAUCCAUUACAGAAAAUAUUCAUUCAUGUCUUGAAUGGAACCACAGCAGGCCCUGUGGAGUGCAUCAAAGCAGCAUGCCCCAGUAUCUUUUUCUUUUUUUGUCCGUCAAAAGUUUUUUUUUUUGCAUAUAAUUGCAAUGAUCUAUUUGAAGUAGGUUGUUAAGGGGCUGAUUAGCUUGAGCAUUAAAUUGUUUGAUGGUGGUCAAAUAUUAGCAGCAUGUGAUUGGUUGAGGAAAUUUGCAUGGUUAAGGAUGGCCCUCAAAUGUGCAAAGUGCUGAGUACAUACUAAAGUCUUGCAAAGUAUUUAGACUGUUUACGUUUAUCUUUUUUGUAUCACAAGGUGGCUUGGUUUUGGGUGUCAACAGGCUUUUGCCAUUGCAUUCAUGCAUUAGUCUCUGGUUUCUCACAUUUUAAGUGUUCCUCAGACCCGAAUUCUGUGCUAUUUUCUUUGUCUUUAACAAAUUAAUGAAAACAAGUUGAUCUCAGAAAGCCAGUACGUUGAAAAACAUACGGUUAUAUGACACUUAAAUGACAUGUGUGCUACAUUUUGUAUUAUUUUAAAUUAUUGUUGUUCUUUUGAAGAUUUUCAUUAUGUAUUUUGCAAAUGUAUGAGCCAAUUCAUGAUAUCAGGGUUACAAAAACAGUACCAUGCCAAAAAUUAUAUCAAGAAUGCACAACAUGUAUCUUGACAAAAACACGCCUGUUGGUCAUGAGUUGGAGUGAUAGUCAUUAGGAAAAAAACUACAACAAUCAAUAUGCUACAAAUCAAAUGCAUAUGAAAAAAUCAUACCGGUUGUGGUUUUGUUUUCAAGUUUUAAUGGUUUAUUAAGAAAUAAAGGUCUCAUCUUUGA